GAAAUUAUUUUGCCGUAGAUUCUCAAUACGCGCGCGGCACAGGUGUACAGCCUUACACUUAAAAUAAUUUUUAUUAAAUUAUAUUAACGAUUACGUUUCGGUUGUAGUUCAGUCCGUUUUCAGUGAAAAUGUACAAAAGAGAGCGACUCUUAUUUUGAAAAUGGACUCUUCACGGUUGCUCAGUAUGUCUUUGUUUACAUUCCCUGCUCAAUCGCACUAAACUACUGAGAUGAGUGAACUUCAUUUCCAGACGGACACAUAAAUUUGAUCUAAUACCAGUAGUUAUUAAAGCCAGUUUCAUUACAGCAGGUGGAGGAAGCGGGUUAUGUCAAAGAUGGACCAAACAAUGCGUGAUAAGCUCUCACAACUGGUUGAGGAGUUGACUACCUCUGGAGAACCACAGUUAAAUAAAGACAAAAUGAAGGACGUGAAGAAAAUAUGCAAAGCAGCACUGGACAUAUGCCCUUACACUCCUUGUUAAGCUGGAACUCUUCUUCCUUUUCUGACCAUAGAGUUUCCACUGACUACGUUGAUCAUUUCUACCACUUGAUUAUGACCCAGCUGAACCAAGAGCACGGAGAGAUCCGUCUCUCUGCCUUCCAAAUGAUCAGUGAGAUUUUCAGGCGGUCGCAUCACUUCAGAGAUCUUCUCAUCACAAACUUUCAGGAGUUCCUGGAACUCACAGUAGAAACAGACACUGAGCAGCCGCUGCCUCCACCCAAAGAGGUGGCGAGAAAACUAAGGACACUUGCCAUUCAGACUGUGCAGUCAUGGCACGCCACGUAUGGAGAGGCGUAUAAGAAACUGUCUCUGGGAUAUCACUUUCUAAAGCAGAUUAAAAAGGUAGAUUUUCAUGAUGUUGAAGCAAGAACACUGGCUGAGAGAAAAAGACAAGAGGAGAAACAGAAGAGAUUGGAACGAAUUUACAAAGAGAAGCUUGAAAAGGCCAAACAGGAAAUGGAGGAAACGACGACUGAGAUUGAGGAAACCUUGACUGAGAUGAACAACUGCAUGAAACUGCUUGCAACCGAUGACUUAAACCUGUUUAAUGAGGAAGCAGCAGUUGCUAAAACCUCUGUGGGAGCCGAGAACAUAUCUGACCAACCCUGCUGCAGUAAAGACCUGAGCAAUGAGCAGAACGGAAAGAUGACCGAGAAGACAAAUGAUGAAGGGCAAACAGACAAGUCUAGUGACGAGAGUGACACAGAGGAAGUUCCUGAUGAGGACGCGUUUCUCCGCAGCACUGGUUUAAUGUCUUAUAGAUAUCAGCUGGAGCUCAAUGUGUCUACAGAUUUAAAAUUGAGGGAGACGGAAGAGAAUGAGGCAUUAGUAAACACUGUGAGGGAUCUCCAUAGACUCAUCACAACCAGACACCUGCCUCUGGUGCAGUCCUGGAUCCAGGUCUUUACGAAGGUGGGUGUUGAGGAAGAACUGAUGAGGAGAGCCACUGAGUUAAAGAAAUCACUGGAGUAUGCCUUGAGAAAUCACGAGUUUCUUCAUAUAGACUACAAAAACAGAGAAAGAAGAGUGAUGAGAGCUCCUGAGGAUGGAGAAGAUGACGACGAUGAUUUUGUAGACGUGCCAGAAAAGGAGGGCUAUGAACCUCAUAUUCCUGAACAUCUGCGUGCAGAGUAUGGGCUUGAUGAAACUCCCUCGACGUCAACCGAUGGGGCCACAGCAAAGCCAUCAAAACCUGUGGUCACACAUCCUGUUCCUCUUGUGUCCUCCAGUCUCUCUCGACUCAAGAGGAAGAUGCAUGAUGAAGAGCAGGACCCCACCUGUGCUGCUGCAACGCUGCGUGCACUCAAACAGAGACUUUAUUCUACUCCUUCCACAAGUAUGUCUGGGGGCUCUACUGAGGUCGCGGUGAGCAGCAGUGACAAAGACAAAGCCUCUGUUAAGGCCCCUGUCAUUCCGUUUGGUGUGGAUCUUUACUACUGGGGAGAGGAGCAGCCCACCGCUGGCAAAAUCAUCAAGAAUGCAUCACAGCACCAGUUCUGGGUGCCUCAUGAGGUGGAGGAGGAAGUUGAAAAUGAGGAACUGUCCGCAGAGAUGAAGUCUAGAUACAUCACCUUUGCUGGGAAAUUUAAACCUGUGGAGCACAAGUGCAACGCACCAAUGCCAGAUGGAUCUUUGUGUGAACGUCAAGAUAGAGUAAAGUGCCCCUUCCAUGGGCACAUUAUCCCUCGGGAUGAGCUGGGCAGGCCUGUUAACCCAGAAGAUGCACUGCGAUUGGAGAAGGAAAAGAGGAAGCGUGAGGAGGAGCAGCCAGAUUGGCGAGACCCAGAGCUCAUGAGGGAGAUUGAAGCCGCGACUGGAGAAGAUCUGGGCUCCUCAAAGACGUACGGGAAGGGAAAGAAUGGCAACAAAGGAAAGUCAAAGAAAAAGUACCCAAACCUUACAGAUUUAAAGCAAAAUGCCAGUACAUCUCGUUCAAGACUAGAGAAGAAAGUCUUCAACAAGAGCUCCAUGAGACGAGUUACAGAGGUCAUGAACAUGAUGGACAAGAGAAAACAUGAGAAAUUUUCAAAUCAGUUUAACUAUGCACUGAAUUAAAGGAUACAGCUCGCCACACCUCAGCUGUUUGGAUUAUUACACAGACAAAAAAGUGCAUCAUUAUAAACUUUGGAUUGUCAUUUGUAAUGCCUGAAUUAUUUCAAUAUUUUUUUUCUUCAUGGUAUAUAACUAAUUUUAAAAAGGUAAAAGUCAUUUCCUAACUUUUGUCUUUGCUACAUUGUAUUUAUGUAAUCUAGAAUUUAAAAUUGACAGAA